CCAAAAAUGAAAGGUAACCGCUACUGUCUGCUUUUCUUUUUCUGUUGGAGAGAUUAUUAAACUAGUUAAUGUUGUUAUAGAGUUCAUCACCUGAUUUUCUUAUUCUAAUAAGUUAAAGAUACUUAUGUGAAUGGAUUGAAUUUUUUGAGGCUGCUGGUGUCCCUGCCAAACUAAGGGAAACCUAUGCUGGAAUCUUUGUGGAACAUCGAAUUAACAAUUCAGUCCUUGCUGAUUUAGAUAAGGAUCACUUAAAAGAUAUGGGAAUCACAGUUAUUGGAGAUAUUAUUUCCAUAUUGAAGCAAUGCAAGAAGAUAAGACACGAAUUAUCAGCGGUGCCAGCUCCUGUCGUUACUUCAACUACGUCGAAAGAUUGUUCAUUAGAAAAUAAAGAAGCGGUGCCCAAAAGUGUUGGUGUUUUAGUUUCAGUGCGUCGUCGAAUGAAUCCUGAGGUUGAAGGCAAAUAUAUUGUUAAAAUGCCAAAGGGGACAACUUUAAAGACUCAGAAGAUACUUGCAUCCAUGAAGCAGAAGAAUAGUCCAAAGCCUAGUCAACCUGUAGUUGCUGAAGCCGCCAAAACUAAUGAACCUCCCGUAUCUUCUACCUUUGAAGACAGUGAUGCCGAUGAUUCUGAUAAUUAUCGUGUCAUCAUCUCUAAGUCAAAUACUCAUGGUUCUACAUCUAAUGAUUCAGUAUUCAGUCGUUUAGGCAAUUCUCUAAAUAGAGAGGAUUCACCUACAAGCGUGCUCAUAAAAAGAACAGACCCAUCUACCACAAUGCAACGCUUUAUUCGUUGGAAUUUAAAUGAAAACAGUCUUACACCACCUUUUCGUCCAUCGGCAUCUGUUUCGGAAACUGUUAUGAACUCAUCAGAGGAUUCGUUGAAUUUUAAAGUUGUUAAACAAGUUGGUGGCCUUACAAAAGUACAUGAUCAGUCUACUAAAUUGAAAACACCUCUUAAACGACAUGCUUCUGAUACCGUAUUCAGUCGUUUGAGUACACCAUCUACCGCUAUAAAACCAAGUGAUCAACUUCCCUACCAAGGUAUUUUUAAGAAGUCACGAACGCAACCUCCUAAAUUUAACAAUGAAUCAAUUUCGCCAUGUUCUCUAAAUAACUUUCUUUCGCCAUAUACUGAAGGCGUACUUAGCCAAAGUCGUGUGCAGAAAACUUCUGUAAAAAACCGUUUAGGUAACAGACAGGGGAAGUUUAAUGCUCCAGUUCAUUCUAGACUUGGUCGAGCAUCUAAUCCGUUGUGAAUAAUUUGGUUUAUUUAAUUUUUUCAUUGGAGUUGGUGUAUAUAUACAUAAAUAUAUUCUACAUAGCAUAAAAUAUACUUUUAUUUAUUCA